CCCUCUCUUCCUCAGCCUGGACUGAGCCUCCUUCUACCGGGGCCGCCUUUAGUUCCAGGCCUGGGAAGGAAGAAGGGAAGCCGAGGAGGAGGCCUGAGGCGGCUCUUUGGGAAAGAGAAGCGGCGACAGGGCGGCCAUGGCUUUGCCAGGAGAGGCCCUGACGGUGACGGUCACCUAUGGUAAUGAAAAGCAUAGCCUUCAGGUUGGUUCUCAAGAAGAAGGUAACCAACCAACUGUACGUGAUAUGGCUCUCUUAAUUGAACAAGUAACUGGAGUUCCAGUGUCCUUUCAGAAAUUGAUAUAUAAAGGAAGAUCCCUAAAAGAAAUGGAGCAGCCGUUGUCCACAUUUGGAGUGAAAAAUGGUUGUAAAGUCAUGCUUAUUGGAAAAAGGAAGAGUCCUGAUGAAGAGGCCGAACUGAAGAAAUUAAAAGAUUUGGAAUUAUCAGCGGAACAGGUAGCAAAGAAAAUAGAGGAAGUUAAUAAAGAACUUGGAGGUAUUCAGAAAGGUUUUCUGGAAAAGAAUCUUCAAAGUGAAGCACUUCACCAGUUGGACAAGCGUAUAAAGGGAACUGCUGAGCAGUUCAUGAAAAUUCUGGAACAGAUUGAUGCUAUUACUCUUCCUGAGAACUUCAGUGACUGUAAACAGAAAAAGAAAGGGCUAGUGAAAAAGGUUCAGGCUUUCCUCGCACAGUGUGAUACAGUGGAAGGAAGUAUUGGUCAAGAAAUGGAUAAACUACAGUCAAAGAACAUGGCCCUGGCAGAAUGAGGCAUUUUUAAUUAACUAGGAGAAAUAAUUGCUCUGUGAGCAAGAAGACUUUGCUCUUGAUUUUGGAGCACCUGUUUAGUGUUCGGAAUUUUAUUUUAAACUGAGUCUGGUAAGGCUGUUGCAUGUCAGCCAUUGCUUGCUGAUUGUCAUGUGUUCUGCUUAAAGGCCUCAUUUUGAAAAAAUAAUCCUGCAAUUUGAAUAUAGUCAAGAAUGUUUGUGUGAUCAUAAAUGUUUCGAUUAACUAAAUGUUGCUUUUCUUUAUAUACCAUUAAGAGCAGUAAUCAAUAUUGAUGUUGUGAGGUACUUGUAUGCCUUCUGGAUCAUAUUUUCAGAAUGCUUAAAGGAAUGUACUGAAA